AUGACCUCGGGAGACCAGCUCACGGUCAAGCCGCCAUGUCAUGGCCGAUAUACUGCCUCUCAGAUUACUGUGUAUCUGGGUACAGAGACUCUGGAAGGAACCAACAUGAAUCAGGUGUUCAGAUCUGUCACAAGUGUCACCAUAAACCCCAACUACAAUUCAGAUACCAAUGACAAUGACAUGGCCCUGCUUCAGCUGUCUUCCACAGUGACCUUCACCCCCUACGUCACUCCUAUCUCUCUGGCUGCCUCUGGUAGCACCUUCUUCAAUGGAACCCUGUCCUGGGUCACUGGCUGGGGAAACAUCGGCUCUGGAGUAAGUCUUCCAUCUCCUGGGUACCUACAGGAAGUGCAAGUCCCAAUUAUUGGAAACAGGCAAUGUUUCUGCUUAUAUGGUGGAGGAAUCACAGGAAACAUGAUUUGUGCUGGAGCUAUACCAGGAGGCAAAGACUCCUGUCAGGGUGAUUCUGGAGGUCCACUAGUCAUCAAACAAGGUUCUAUUUGGAUCCAGGCUGGGAUUGUGAGCUUUGGUAAUGGUUGUGCUCAGGCAAAUUACCCUGGUGUGUACACCAGAGUGUCUCAGUACCAGAAAUGGAUCAACCAGGUGAUCACCAGCAACCAGCCAGGCUUCGUCACGUACACGUCUAAUGGAACUAAUGCAGACCUGAAUGUGUCCUGCAGUAACCUGCCUCCUGCCACCACUGUUGUGACCACAACCACCAUGACCACCGCUCCACCUGUGGUAUGUGGCAAUGCCAACCUGAAUGACCUUUCGGGAGCGGGCACUGGCUUGGCGUCUGCUGGCAUGUGGCCGUGGAUGGCAAGUGUUCAGCGUAAUGGUACCCAUGUCUGCGGAGGAACGCUGAUCAUGAGCUCUGCUGACUGCUUCUCUGGCUCCACCAAUGCUUCUGACUGGACUGUGAUCCUGGGCCACCUCAUGCAGAACGGCAGCAAUUCCAAAGAGGUGUCCAUCAAAGUGGCAAACAUCACGUUCAGCAACACUUCACAAAACAACAUAGCAGUGCUGCAGCUGACCGUUAAACCAACGCUGUCCAACUACAUCCAGCCCAUAUGUGUGGACCAGGGCAGCAACAACUUUGCUGUGAACACUCAGUGCUGGGCAGCUGGCUGGGGCUCAGGAGGAGGAGCUCAACAAACUCUUCAGCAAAUCAACACUUCUGUCGUGAGCUGUGAUAGUGCAUCUGCAUCUACCAGCAUCUGCACACAAGCCUUUCCACUAGAACAGAGUGAAAGAGGAGGACCUCUGAUGUGUAAGGUUGGGGCGUCGUGGUUCCAGGCAGCGGUUCUGACUUUGCUCACUAGCACAGCCAACAGCACUAGCACCAACCCCAACAUCACCAACCCCAACAUCACCAACUCCAACAGCACCAACUCCAACAUCACCAACCCCAACAUCACUAACUCUGACAUCACCAAACCGAACAUCACCAACUCCAACAUCACCAACUCCAACAUCACCAACCCCAACAUCACUAACCCCAACAUCACCAACUCCAACAGCAUCAACUCCAACAUCACCAACCCCAACAUCACUAACUCCGACAUCACCAACUCCAACAUCACCAACUCCAACAUCACCAACUCCGACAUCACCAACCCCAAUAGCACCAACCCCAAGAGCACCAACCCCAACAUCACCAACUCCAACAUCAUCAACCCCAACAUCAUCAACCCCAACAUCAUCAACCCCAACAUCACCAACUCCAACAUCAUCAACCCCAACAUCACCAACUCCAACAUCACCAACUCCAACAUCAUCAACCCCAACAUCACCAACUACAACAGCACCAACUCCAGCUCCAGCAAAAGCCUGCAGGUGGAUGUGGUUACUCAGAAGUCAAUAAUGACUUUCUCUAAAACCUCAGACUUCACCUAA